CAUUUUACGCCUCGACUCUUAUCUGUGAAUCGGAAAAAAAUUCAAAAAAAUAGUAGAAUGAAAAUUAUCGGUUUUUCAAUUGAUUCCAUUUGUUGGUGGGUAUGAACAUUGCGUGAUUUGAUAUCGUAGUUGUUGAUGGGGGGGAAUGCAUGGAAUGCAUUAAGUAGAGCAUGGCCGCGGUCUUUCGUCGCGGGAUUGCUAGGCAGCUGUCCAGUGUCACCAAAGCUUGCAGGAGUAGAGAAGAAGUGAGAAAGAUGGAUGAACCUGGUGAGUGUUUUGUGGGAAAAGCAGAUCAUCACGCUGGAAUACAUGUUGACUCGAGGAAGGAGCCCUGUCGAGCUGAAAAAUUUGGUUCAAGGCUGAGAGCCUCUCUACCGAAAUGGACAAACGAAAAUAAAAGAACUGUUUGGUUCAAAGUAGAUCGUUCAGAUUCCUCCUGGAUUCCCCACUUGGUGAACGAGGGAUUUUACUUUCACCAUGCUAAGGAAAAUUACGUUACCUUGUAUCGAUGUCUAUCAUCAGAUGCAGCAGUUCCACCUUAUGCCCAUACGAAUUUGGGGGUGGGCGCCUUUGUGGUGAACGAGGAGACAAAUGAGGUGCUUGUCAUCAAGGAAAAGCACACGAGUCUUCCAGUUAAUCGCUGGAAACUACCUGGGGGCUACGUAGAACCAGGUGAAAGUAUUCCUGAAGCUGCACAAAGAGAGCUCAUUGAAGAAACGGGAAUCAAAGCUAGAUUCAAAUCGUUAGUUGCAUUCCGCCAUGCUCAUAAUUAUGCAUUUGGCUGCAGUGAUAUUUACAUGGUCGCUAGAAUGGUACCUGAAACAUUGGAAAUAAAAAAAUGUGACCGGGAAGUCUCGGAAUGCAUGUGGAUGACGUUGGAUGAAUAUGCGAAUAGUCCAGAAGUCCACAAGCUUAAUCGAUUCAUUGCUAACAAGAUGAUCGAGUAUCUACAGAAACAUAUUGAAAUCGGGCUCAUUCAUGGACAACGGCCUAAUUCGACUGAGCCAAUCUGGAUUUACGCAAUUACAGAUGAUGAGAAUACCGAUUUAUCUAUUAUUAAUUGAUUCUCAUAAAUAAAUAUUUCGAAAUUAAAUUAAUUUUUGAAGCCGACCAGGAUGGUUGCCAAAGCGAAACGAUAACUUAUUGUUCAUAUAUUCCAAAAAUGUCAAAGUUUCACGGGAACGUUUGUCGCAUUGUUCAUGAUAGUUUAAAUAAUUAAAAAAUUUUAAGAAGCACAACAAAA